GGCAGAGAUUCGUCACGCCUAUGUCAUCUUCAACAACACAUUGCUGUGCUGACUAUUACCAUCUUCCAUUAUAAUUUGCUGUAUAUUUUAUUAACAAUGAAUUCAGUAUUCAUACCAGCAUAUCUUCAGAUGACGUCUUUAUUAUUUCGUGUAAAGGUCCAAUACGGAACGCACUGCUUAUAGAAUUUGCUCCCACACGGACACAUAUACCAUUCAUUAGCUACGUAGCGGCGAUGGCAGCUCUGAGGACGGCACUUCAUGGACGGUUCAUUCAAGCCAUCCCCUACUCUUUGGGGUCGUUGCGGUUUGCCAGCUCAUUCAAGGCCGCAGACCUCACUAUCGAGCGCAACACUGCGGGGAAGCCCAAGCCAGACCCCGCCUCCCUGGUGUUUGGCAAGCAGUUUUCAGACCACAUGCUGACCAUCUAUUGGUCAGAGAAAGAGGGCUGGAAGGUUCCCCAGAUCAAGCCCUUUCAGAACCUGUCGCUGCACCCUGCCACCUCUGCCCUGCACUACUCCAUAGAGCUGUUUGAGGGCAUGAAGGCGUUCAGAGGGGUGGACAACCACAUCCGUCUGUUCCGACCCAACCUGAACAUGGAGAGGAUGCACCGCACUGCUGACCGUAGCUGUCUCCCUUUGUUUGAUAAGGUGGAGCUGUUGGAGUGCAUCAGGAAGCUGGUGGAGGUGGACCAGGACUGGGUCCCCUACUCCCUAGACGCCAGCCUCUACAUCAGACCCACCUACAUUGGGAUUGAGCCUUCCCUGGGUGUGUCGAGGGCCAGCCAAGCCCUACUAUUUUGCAUCGUGGGUCCUGUAGGGCCCUACUUUACCACAGGGGCCUUUAGCCCAGUCUCUCUGCUGGCAGACCCAAGCUAUGUCAGGGCCUGGAGAGGGGGGGUCGGAGCCUACAAGAUGGGGGGUAAUUAUGGGCCUACUAUAGCAGUGCAGAAUGAGGCUAUAAAGCAGGGCUGUCAGCAGGUCCUGUGGCUGUAUGGAGAGCAGGAGGAGAUCACAGAGGUCGGCACCAUGAACCUCUUCAUCUACUGGACGAAUGAGGGAGGAGAGAGAGAGUUGCUGACUCCUCCUCUAGAUGGCAUCAUUCUCCCAGGAGUCACCAGACAGUCUCUGCUAGACCUGGCCAGAGAAUGGGGAGAGUUCAAAGUGACAGAGCGCACCAUGGGCAUGAAGGAGCUGCUCGGUGCUCUGGACUCAGGCAGGAUUACGGAGGUGUUUGGUGCCGGGACGGCCUGUGUGGUCUGUCCUGUCGGCAGCCUGCUCUACAAAGGGAAGACCUACCAAAUUCCUACAAUGCAGAAUGGUCCAGACCUGGCCAAGCGAUUCCACAAAGAGCUGACAGACAUGCAGUAUGGCCGGAAACAGAGUGAAUGGGCACCACUGGUCGUUUAAUUGGCAGUUUGCACAUGCCAAUCAUAUCGCGGCCAGUCCCCCGCUCCAUCUUCAAGACCAGCAGCUUCAGCACAACCCAUAAUGCACUCCUUCUGAUAGGCUGGCAGACCGGCAGAGAUGAACAGGUCACGUCUGUUACUCUUGGUGUUUCUGUGGGGACUUGUGAAGGGAUAGGGUUAUUCUGUCAUUCAAAUGUUGCAACUUGCAUGGAAUACCGACAGUUACACAAUACUGUAUAAGUAAUGCUGUGAAACGGCCGCAGCCUCGGUUCAACCAACCUAGUCUAGUCUGUAUUAGGAACAAAGUCAGUCUUCUUCCUAUUCAGUCCUUUAUCAUACUGUAGCACAGGUUACAGAAGAAAUCGUCCUCCAAGCUUUUUAAUAAACACUACAUGAGAUGGUCUAUAGGAUUGUCCAUGCUAUUAGACACAAACUGAUGUAUUGUUGUAAUAGUUGAAAUACGCACAACUAUUGUAGGGGAUUACUGGUAAGUUAUUGGUCAUUUGCAAUAUGGGAAUAACUUUUUACAGGUACUUAAUAGGAACAAUUGAGUCUGUUAGACAUUUUCACUGGCUGACAUCAUAAGGAAUGUGUUGACUGUAGGAACGGAUCAGAUCAAAACCACGUCACAGGAUUUGUUACUUUCUAAAUGUCACUCUGUAACUUGAGGAAGUAGAAUAUGAUUUAAAAUACUUUUUGUUGUUGUAGAACCUAUGUAUAUCAGGCCACUGAUACACUGACCAUAGUUUGAUUUAAGUCAAGUGUGCAUGUGUGUGACUGAGCAGAAGAAAGUCAGUCGAGUGAUCGCGUGUCUUUCUGGAUUGGAAAGAUGCCACUAAGAAAGUGAUGUUGAAAAGAUUGAGAUUAAAAUGGAGAGGUCCAAGUGAACUCAAGCAUACACAGAGGUUAGCUAUAGCUACAUGAUAUACUUAAGCAAUAAGGCCUGAGGUAUAUGGCCAAUAUACCAUGGCUAAGGGCUGUUCAUAUGCUCAACGCUGAGUGUCUGGACUCAACCCUAAGCCGUGGUAUAAUGGCCAUAUACCACAAACGAGGUGCCGUAUUGCUAUUAUAAACUGGUUACCAACUUAAUUAGAGCAGUAAAAAUACAUGUUGUCAUAUCUGUGGUAUACGGUCUGAUAAACCACGGCUGUCAGCCAACCAGUUUAUAAUGUAGACUUCAGAGUACGAGAGAGACCACGUUCAAUAGAUGCUAUAGACUGUCUGACUUCCGCACUAGGUUGUGUGUAAUCAUUAUGUAAACUUAAGGUAACAAUGAGUAGUUAUUUGUCUGUGGGUUUUUCUUGUCAAUUGGAACAACCGUCUUCCCAAUUAUUAACUGUAUAUCCAGGUUUAUGUUCUCACCCUGCUGCUUUACUUUCUAUUCAUGUAUUUGCCUCUUUCAUAUCGCUUGGUUUUCUCCAUUCCUCCCUAAGUGCCUGACCGGGUGUGUGGACUGUCGUUGUCCUGUGGAUCUAACUUGUUUUUAGUUGUUGCACUAGGCUAUCCUGCUGGAUCUUUGUGUUUUUGUUGUGGGACAUUGUUACUAGAUUUUUACAAUAAACUCCAUCUGUGUUCCAUUGUC